AUGGAAGAGGAGGCCGAGCUGCUGUACUGGCAGGCCGUGCAAGACAGCCUCGCUGGCGAGCAUGCCGCCGCCCAUCGCAAGCUACGUGCCCUCGGCUGCCGCUAUGCGCUCGCCCCCGCCGUCUGGGACGCGUGCCUGCCACCCUACAGCAGCGACGGCAGCGGCGGCACCGGCAGCGGACCCCGCGCCGAGGGGUCGCGGCAGGCGCUGUUCGCCCCGCCCGCCGCUGCCGCCGCCGGCGACGCGGGUGCCGGCCUGACCGCGGCGUGGACGCUCGAUGACAGCCUGCCCCCCGGCCUGCUGGUGCGCCUGCAGCGCGCGUUCGCGCCAGGCGCGGCGUACUGGCGGGAGCAUGGCUACUUCUACCCCGACACGCCGUUCUUCUCCCACGUUUUCGAGCUGCCCGCUGCCGACCAGGACAGCGGCGGCGCCGCCGCCCCCGCCGCCGCCGUGGCGCGGGCGUGCGAGGAUGAGGGCGGGGCGGAGGGCGGGGGGCAUCCGCAGGGCUCCGCCGCCGACGCGCCGGGGCGGCCCGCCAAUGCGCUGGAGGCGGCGGCGGUGCUGAUCCUGCGGCGCUGCCGCCGCGGCGAUCAGGGCGCCGAGGGGGCGGAGGGCGCGCCUGGGCGGCCGGCCUCGCUCCUGGCCGGCGCGACGCACGUCGAGUUCUGGGCGCACACUCGGCCGCUGGACGCGCCCCACCAGCUGCACUUUGACGCUGCUGCCUUCUGA